AUGAAAUUUCAUAGAAAUGACAUUAUUAAUAAUUUAAUUUUUGUAAAUUGGCAUUGGUUCAAAACAGUAUCAAAUAAUAUCACAACAAUAACAAAUUUUAAUUUCAAUUUAGAUCAUUCACCAAUAAGUUUAAGAAAAUUUAUAAAUCUUACUAACCCAAAUCUUAAUAACUAUAAUAAUUAUAAUUAUAAUAAUAAUAACAAUAAUAAUAACAAUAAUAAUAACAAUAAUAAUAACAAUAAUAAUAACAAUAAUAAUAACAAUAAUAACAAUAAUAAUAAAAAAAGCAAUAUUUACCAAUUAUUAAAUAAUGAUAGUGACACAGAUAAUUAUAUUCAUUUUAACAAUUACAAUAACAAUAACAAUAACAACAACAAUAAUAAUAAUAAUAAUAAUAAUAAUAAUAAUAAUAAUAACAAAAAAUUUAUUUUUAUAAAAAAUGAAAACAUUCAAUGUUUAAUAUUAGAUAUUACAAAUUUUUUUUCAUCAAUUGGAACAUUUUUAUUAAUAUCAAAAUCUAAGAAAUUCAUUGAAUGUUUAAACUAUAAAAUAAAAAAUCAAUACCCAAAUUUAAAAAAAAUAGUAGUUAAUAACGUAGAUCUGCAAUUCCAAACUGCGCUGAUCAAUGCAAUCGAUUUUAAUGGACCUAUCAAAAUAACAUCGUAUUCGAUGAGUGCCCUUAAAAAUGAAGAUGGUUUUGAUAUUGAACAAUCGGACAUCGAAAAGGAAAUUGAUCGACUAUUUUCAAAGUCAGAAAGAGAAAUGUGUUAUCAUAAAGAGAUUCUAUCUUUAGAGGGUUACAAAAUUGUAAACUAUACUGAAAGCAUUCCAUUGACAGAUAGAGUCAAAUUUAUAAAUUAUGUUAGUUUUAUUAUGGGAAAACCAGAAGCUAUUUUCAGGCUCCUUGACAAACGAGAUAAAAUAAUUAUUGUCGUCCACGACAACGUUCAACUAUUCACUCAAGUUUACAAAAUGGUUAGCAAUGGUACUUUAAAUGGAAACAGUUUAAAACAUACACGAUCAUACAGCUUCAACUACAUGGAUUUCAAAGGAUUACACUACUUUUUAAAACUAGUACCAAAUCUAAAAGAAAUCUUUUUAAGAUUCUGUCUCGAUCACUUAAACUAUAAGUUUAUGGAUGAAAGCGAUUCAAUUGAAGAAUUUCCACCAUGUAAAAACUGCGGCCACAGAAACCCAGAUGCAAAUGAUGAAUACUGGCAUUCAAUUUGUAGCUACAUACUCAAUAGUAAAACAUUAACUAGAUUUGUCCUUGUACAUGGGUGCAGAGGUGUAAUCUUUGGACACCCUAUUAGCAAUAGACUCUCAAAUGGCUUUCAAAAACAAUAUAAUAUCUUAUCUGCCAACAAACACAGCAAAGUAUUGAAUACACAAUUCAUUGUACCAAGCGAAUAG